UCCCCUCCCUUCCUCGCCCCUCCCCCUCUCCUCCUCUUCCACAGCCGCCUGGAGCGCGAGGCCAAUAUGGAGCCUGAGGACCUGCCAUGGCCUGACGAGCUGGAGGAGGAGGACGAGGAGGAGGUGGAAGAGGAGGGGAGGGAAGAGAUGGAGAACGCAUCAGCGGCGGCGACCGAGGAAGCCCGGACCUCGGCGGCGAGUGGAAGACUGGAAGAGUUGGAAGAGGCGGGGCCCGAGGUGGACUUGGAUUUUAACAGCGAGUCCCAGCUGCAGGAGAGCACGGACGAAGAGGAGGACGAGCUGGCUAAAGCCUGGCUGCAGGCUCACCCUGACCGCCCUGGCGGAGCUUUCUGUACGCCCCCGUCUACACCUCCGCCUCCCCCUCCGCCUCUGUCCCCGCGGCACCUGUACACUCCCGUGGAGCAUCUAGGCAAGACUGAGGUUGUUUCACUGACUUGCCAUGCAUGGCCGCAGUCAUCAUAUCAAGAUAAUUCUAGAGCCCAGUUUCCCAACUCCAGUACAAUGCUGUUGGAAUCAGCACUCCAGUGGGGCCCCGAGGGGGAUCAGAGAGCAGAGUCUUGGCAUUGUCUUCCUCAAGAAAGUGAUUCUUCCCAGACCUUGGGUAUGUCGCAGACUGGGAUUGGCAUAGUAGAAGGAACAGAAGGAACAGACCUGUUCUCUCGGGAGGGAGGUGAAUCGGCUCAGUCACUGUGUCCAGUAAAGGAACCAACGCUGGAUCUCUUGUGUUCUCCAUUGCUAGUGAUACAGGAUAACUUUGCUGCUCCUGAUUUGCCUUUGCUGACAUGUUUGACACAAGACCAGGAUGUUGAGCCUGAUUCCUUGUUUCAACCAAGUGAACUAGAAUUUGCACCUUUGAGAGGGAUUCCUGAUAAGUCUGAAGAUACUGAAUGGCUUGCUCGACCUUCAGAAGUUAGUGAAGCUUUAAUCCAGGCCACCUCAGAAACAUCUUCAGACUUGGUUAACAGUUGCUUUAGUAUAUCUCAGCAUCCACUCACAGGUAGCACAACUUUUGGGUCUCAGCGCUCUCUUUUCUUGUUUGAACAAGAGAAUAAUGGAGAAACUGUACCAUCUAAUGCUCCUGAUGAACUGAAAAGCCCACAUGACCUGGAUCAUUUUGAUGCCCUGUAUUCAUAUAUGUCAUGGCCAACAGAAAAGGACACUCAGCAGCCAGAAGGCAACUUGGCUGAUAAAGACCAAGUUUCCACUUCAACUUUAUCUGAUAUUAGUGAUGAAAGUAUAGCUACAAAAAGAAACAACAGUUUUGGUGUUUCUUGUCCACAUAAUCAGUAUUGGAAACAGGAAGCCUUACAACAGACUGAAGCACGUUUAGCCAGUAAGGACCAUGCUUCCUUCCCAUGUGAAAUUAAUUCUCUUCCUAAUAAAAUGUACUCAUUUCUGAAGUGCUUGUUAAAAAGAGGAAAAGGGACUCCCUUUACUUCUGAUAAUCAUCUUGAGAAUGUUUGUUUAAGGACUCCAGAAGAAGAUGAGAUGAGUCAAAAGAAUGAUUCUUUGGAGGGUUUUGAAGGAAAUGAAGAUCUGCAGAAAGAAUUAUCUCAUUUUUUUAAACAAAAGGAGGCUAGAAAUACUUGGGCAUCUUCUCAGGUGCAUGCCAAGUAUCCAGAUAUAAAGUGUAUUGGGACUGUUACCGCCCCUGCUAGUCAAAAGCAAGGUGCAGAAGCACAUAUGCUCUGCAGAGGACUUGAUAUCUCUAAGCUGGGUAUUUCUGGUUGUCCUCUUUGGACAGUGAGAUCCAACUUGGAUGCAUCAGAGCAACUCUAUUUUCAAGAGGAAAGAAACCAAAAGACAACUUCUACUUUUGGUGAGGAAAAUGUUGAUGCUACUGAAAAUGUAGCCUUUGAGGCAAUUAUUGCCUCAAUUGAGUCUUCCAAUCAAGAGAGUCUUACAAGUGAGACCCAAACUGACAACACUGAACUGUUAGCAGAUGACAGUGAAGAGAAAGAACCCCUAAAACUAGAUCUUUCCCCAGUAACUUAUAAGGAUGAAAUCUCUUUCAUCAAUAAGCUUCAGCAUCUAAAAUACCAGUCUACUCCUGGGGUGUUUGAACCAGCAGAUUCAAAACUGUUGUAUAAAGAAGAUGAUACUAGCUCCCUUUAUCUGUAUCCAGAUUUAAAAUCACCCAUGAAUGCUCCUCAGAACAUGCUCAAUAAGCCCGUUUCUGUCAUUCUAGAGCUUAAGCCAUCUUUAAAUGAAAAGGCUUACAACCAGGCUGUUGGUCUUGAGGAAACACAGUUACCUUCAUUUCAAUAUGGUAUAAACAACCUUGACCUUACAGAGAAGGUAGGAUCUUCAGACAUUAGUUUUGCAAUGAAAAUAUCAACUUCAGAAUCUUGGGUUUUACAAGAUUUAAAGCAGCACACCUUUGAAGAAUUUGCAGAUUCCUCAGACUAUAAUUUGGAGAGCCUGCAGGGGAAGGCUGAAUCUGGUGUCCUUACUCUGUGUGGUGAUGCUAAGUACUCCAGCCUAUAUGAAAAUGCUGGUGCACACAGUGAAAGAAUUGCUGAAUUGCAAAAAGAGGUAGACUGUUCUAAUCCGGGCACUGGCCAGGCUUUUCCACCUUCAUUGUCUUCAUUUGUUCCUCAAGAACCAGCCAGUGAGUCAGAAGAUCAUUCCUCCAAUCUCAGGAUGUUGAGGGUUUCUCCUGAUACUCUUCUAACAACUCUUAGACAUUCAACAGGAUCUGUUGACCAGAAGAUUGGAACAGCAGUAGUCUCUUCUGUUUACUCACAGAAAAUAAAGCAUGGUAGUUUUCAUCAAGAAGAGUUGCCAGAUAGGCAUCUUACUGAAGAGAUUCAAAAAGUGUCACCUGCUCCUAGGCCAGUUGGUCAGAAGCCUGAGAUGCUACCAGUACAAUCUAGUUCUUACUCUAAAGGAAUGAAAUCUAUUUUCUAUCAACAUCCUCUGUCACACAGUCAUCAAGGCAAAGAGCCUCUAAAUGUUUCAGGUGUUUCUGGAUCAGCUGAGAAUAAAGCUUUUUACCAGCAAACACUGUCAGACAGUCUUCUGACUGAAGAAGUAGUGCCAGGUUUUAAUAUUCCCAGCCCAGGUGACCAGAAGACUCCUCUACCAUCAGAAUUCUCUCUUUCCUAUUCUCAUAGAGAAAAGAACCUGCCUGAAGAUAUGAAAGUUUCCACUGAUUCUGGAUCUGCUGACAAGAAGGCUGACAUUCCAACAGUGUCCUCUAGUACCUACCAACACAAAACGAAGCCUGGUAUUAUUUACCACCAAGUGUUGCCAGACAGUCAUGUACCUAUGGGCACUAGAAAAGUUGCAUUUGAAUCUGGACCAGCAGGCCAGAAGUCUGGGGUUUCUCACCCAUAUGGUGAGAUGCCCAGUGUUUUCUAUCAGCAGGAGUUCCCAGAUAGUUAUUCAGCAAAAAACCCUACAAAAACAUUUAUCCCAGGACCAGCUGACCAGAAGACUGAUGUAUCCACAGCCCCCCCUACUUCCUCUUCACACGCAGAGAAGCCUGUUUCCCCCUACCAGCCUACCUUGCCAGGUAGUCAUCUGCCUGAAGAUGUUUUCAAAACUUCUUCUGUUUGUAAGUCGUCUGAUGAGCUAUCUGGAAUAACAGCUCUAACCUCUGCUUUCUACUCAUAUAAAGGGAGACCCAAUAUUUCUCAGCAGAAGUUUCCAGACAGCCACCUAACUGAAGAGGCCCAGAAAAUAUCAGUUACAACUGGAACAGUACACCAGAGAACAGUGACACCAACAAUGUCUUCUACUUCCUUUGUACAAAAAGAAAAGCCUAAUAUUUUCUACCAACAGGCCCUGUCAGAUGGUGGUCUGUCUGAAGGGGAUCUGCAAGUUUCAGCUAUUCCUUGGCCAGCUGACCAGAACAUUGCUAUACCAACAGUAACUUCUGCUUCCUUCUCACAAAGAGAAAAGGCUCAGAUUUUCUACCAACAGACGCUGUCAGGUGGUCCUUUGCCUGGAGAGCCUGUGAAUGUUUUAGUCGCUCCUGGACCACCUGACCAGAACACUGGGGCACCAACAAUACCUCCUAGUUCUUACUUCCCUGGAGAAGAGUCCAUUAUUUUUUACCAAGCUGGCUUUCCAGGUAAUACUGUGUCUGCAAUGUCUUUUAAAGUUCCAAGGAUUUCUGGAUCAACAGAACAGACUAAUAUAACAACAGGACCAUCAGGUUCCUACUCAGUUGGAGAGAAGUCCAUUAUUUUCUACCAUCAGGCCUUGCCAGAUGGUCAUCUUCCUAAAGAAGCUUCUCCUGCACCAGCUGACCUGAAAACUGGGGAGCUACCAGUCUAUUCAGCUUCCUGUUCUGUUGGAGUAAAGCCUAUUAUUUUCUACCAGCAGCCUCUGUCCGAUAGUCACCUAACUAAAGAUCACAAAGAUUCAGUUAUUCCUGGACCAACUGACCAGAAGACUGGCAUACCAACAGUGCCUUCUACUUCCCAAUCAUAUAUAGAGAGGCGUACUGUUUCUUACCAGCAAGAAUUUCCAGAUCUUAGUGAAAAAACUUUGAAAGUUCUAGGUAGUGUUGGAUCCACUGAACAGAAAACUGAAAUACCAGUAGUGUCUUCUGCUCUCUUACACAGAGAGAAGCCUAGUACUUACCAGAAGGAUUUGUCAGAUUUUACUGAAGAAGCUUUGCAAAUUUUAGGUGUUUCUGAGGAAGCUUCUUCUGUCUCUUGCCAGAAGAAGUUACCAGAUCGUACUGAAGUAUUUUUGAAAUCAGUAGUCUGUGGCGCUGCUGAUCAGAAGACUGGGGCACAAAUAGUCUCCUCCUCAAGUAGAGAGAAACCCAGUGGUUUUCAUCAGCAGGAGUUGCCAAAUACUGGUGGGCAUGCAUCAUGUGCUUUUCAUCCUGAAGCAGUUGUCCAGAAGGUCGGGAAACUAAUAGAACCUUUAAGUUAUUUUCCACAGGGAGAGGCCCCUGCUUUGUCUCCACAGGAGUUGCCUCCUGGCCAUCUCACAGGAGCGGCUCUGAAGGGGUCAGAUUAUUCUGCGCUUGCAGCACAGACGCCUGGGACACCAGCAGGACCUUCCAGUUCCUACUCCCAUAAACAAAAGCUCAGUGAUUAUCAAAAGGCCUCACCAGAUCGUCAUCUAACUGAAAAUUUUUUGAAGGCUUCAACUGUUCCCGGGCUAUCUGAUCAGAAAAAGAAACCUGCAGUUUCAUCUGGUCCCUGCUCACACAAAGAGAAACACAAGAUUUCAGCUUCGGAUUUGCUGGAUGACCAGACGGCUGAGUUGCCAGCAGUUACUCAGAGGUCCUGUUUAUAUAGAGAGGAUCCUGCAGUUUCAACUGUGAUCAAACCAGAUGACCAAAAGAUUCCAUUCCCAACAACUUUUCAUGGCUCCUGUGCUCAAAAAGUAAAACCUGUUAUUUUCGUUCAAAAACAGUUACCAGACAGAGAUCAAAGUGAAGAUAUUCCGAGGAUUUCAACUGUCUCUGAACCAACUGUUGUAAACACAGUUUUACCAGUACUUCUGUCUGGUUCUUAUUCAUACAGAGAGAAGUCAGAUUCAUUUUACCCACAGAAGCUGCCAGAUAGGCAUUUAACUGAAGUUGAUCUGAAGGUUUCAGGCAGUCUUGGUCAAGCUGACCAGAUUUCUGGGUUACCUACAGUUUCUCCUGGUACUUAUUCACACAGUGAAAAGUGCCAUCUUGGCUCAGAACAUGUCCAAGAGCUGAUAGAUAAUUUGAAUUCUUCUGAGUCUUGUUGUCUCAGUGUGGAUAGUAUGCCCUCAAAUUCACAAAUUGAUGAUGGAGUUAUCAUAUGUAAGUCAGAAUCUUUAGGUUUUGCCAAUAUUGGCUGUGAGGAAAUCCAGGAUAUAGAUCAUGGUUCCAAAACUCUUAAAGAAAUUCAGACUCUCUUAAUGGAAGCAGAAAAUAUGGCACUGAAACGAUGCAAUUUCUCUGCUCCCUUAGUCCCUUUCAGAGAUGUUAAUGAUGUUUCAUUUAUACAAUCAAAGAAGGUGGUUUGCUUCAAUGAACCCUCCACAACUGAUGUUUGUACCCAGAGGGAGUCAUUUGUAGAAGAAGUCCCACACAUCGAAUAUGUACAGAAGGACAUUGGCACACAGACGAACCUUAAGUACCAGAGGGGUGUUGGAAAUUGGGAAUUUAUUAGUUCAGCUACCUUUAGAAGUCCUCUACAGGAAGCAGAAGGCACGGCUAAAGUGGCAUUUGAUGAAACUUUCAGACAAUACAAAGCUGCCAGGCGUGUAAUGAGGUCUGAACCUGAAGGCUGCAGUACAGGCAUUGGGAAUAAAAUUAUUAUCCCUAUGAUGACAAUCAUAAAGAGUGACUCGAGUAGUGAUGUAAGUGAUGGUUGCUGCUCAUGGGACAAUAAUUUACCAGAGUCUUUGGAAUCUGUUUCUGAUGUUUUUCUAAACUUCUUUCCAUAUACUUCACCCAAGACAAGCAUAACAGAUAGCCGAGAAGCUGAGGGGUUGUCAGAGAGUGAAGAUGGCUAUGGUAGUGCAGAUUCCUUGGCUGCACAUGUGAAGUACCUUCUGCAGUGUGAGUCCUCACUGAAUCAAGCCAAACAGAUACUUAAAAAUGCAGAGGAAGAGGAAUACCGGGUUCGAGCCCAAGCCUGGAAUCUAAAGUUUAAUUUAGGACGUGACUAUGGAUGCUCCAUUUCAGAAUUAAAUGAAGAUGACAGGAGGAAAGUGGAAGAGAUAAAAGCAAAGUUGUUUGCUCAUGGAAGAGCAACUCACGUAUCUGAGGGCUUACAGAGUCCACGAGGAAUAGGAUGUUUGCCCGAAGCUGUAUGUAGUCACAUUAUUAUUGAGAGCCACGAGAAAGGAUGUUUCAGGACUCUUACUGCUGAACAACCACGACCAGACAGCCACCGUUGUGUUUUUCGAUCUUUUGAACCUUCAGACUUGAUUAGAGGACAUCGGAGCCCAUCAUCAUGGAGAGGCAGGCACAUCAACCUUUCCAGAUCAAUAGAUCAGAGCAAUCCCCGUUUCAAAGUAGGGAAUUCCUUUCAGUUACAGAGUCAUCCCCCAUUUCAAAAACUUGUACCUGAUGACAUCAAAAUUAGCGAGGGUGUUGGAAUGCCAUUCCAUGCGUCCAUGGAUCCCCAGCCAUCAGAAUUAGUAGGACCUACUUGUGUGCCAGCUAAAGAAAUGGAUUUUCCUUCCUCAUCUCAAAUACUGCCCCCCGAACCCAAGAAGCAGUUCACUACUUCCAUCACUUUUUCUUCUCACGAACACUCUAAGUGCAUUUCUGAUUCCUCUGGUUGUAAGGUUGGUGUUACUGCAGGUAGCCAGUGUCCUGGACCAUCUUUAGGGGUGCUGAAGCCUCAUAUCCCCGAAGAACAGAUUUCUAGAGAUCUUAAACAGAAAGCCUCUUCCCAUUCAUCACUUGAAAGGCAUAGUUAUAGACCAGUGACUAUUUUAGCUGACAGUAGCAGGCAAAGGCAAAAAUUACCUGUUGAUUUUGAGCAUUCUCAUCAAAAAGGAAAACUCUUAAAAGGAUCAGGUUUUAAAGUCAGCCAUUCUGAACCCAGUGUCAGUACAAAUGCCAGCAGUUUCAAGGGAGCUCAGUUUUCUGGUAAGGAUACUACUGUUAGCCAGGACAAACUAACUUCUACAGUAGAGAUAAAAGAGAAGAAUGUAACUAUAACUCCUGAUCUUCCUUCUUGCAUUUUUCUUGAACAAGAGCUCUUUGAAGAAAGCCAUACCCCACAUACAGAUCUUCAUAUGAGAAAAUGCCCUUCUACCUCUUGUCCAGACAUUGCUUGCAUUUUUCUUGAACAGCCAAAACUCUCUGAGCAAAGCAAAGCCCCACAUGUAGAUCAUGAAAUAAGAGAAGAUCACUCUUUCUUUCCUCAGUGCCAGGAUUAUAUACUUGCAGAUCCUUCUCCUGACUUUCCUGAUCAGCAACAGUGCAAACCUCCAGAUGUAGAUGGCCACAUGAGAAAACAACACUGUCUUUCUCAAGUUCAGGAUUGUGAGGUAGAAGAGGUUCAGCAUACACCUCAAUCAUACUUUUCUAAUAUGGUAAAUGUUGAAGCCAAGGUCAGUCCUAUGGUCUCCCAGUCAGCCCCUGACUGUACUGUUGCACCUACUCCACCUUCAAAUAGAAAAGCACUUUCAUGUGUUCGUAUAACUCUUUGUCCCAAGACUUCCUCCAAGUUGGAUAGUGGAACCUUAGAUGAAAGGUUUCAUUCAUUGGAUCCUGCUUCUAAAACAAGGAUUAAUAGUGAGUUUAACUCUGAUCUACGAAUUGUAUCUUCAAGGUCAUUGGAACCAACCUCCAAAUUACUGACCUGUAAACCAGUAGCACAGGAUCAAGAAUCUUUAGUUUUUCUAGGACCUAAAUCUCCACUGGACUUGCAAGUCGCACAGUCUUCUCUUCCAGAUAGUAAGACUAUUUUUCAGGACUUGAAAACCAAACCUCCUCAGAAUAGCCAGAUAGUAACCUCAAGGCAAACACAAGUGAACAUUUCAAAUUUGGAAGAAUAUUCCAAACCAGAAGGGACUCCAGUAUCUGCAGAUGGUUCACAAGAACAGAGUAAGGUUCCCUUUACUACAUCCUCUGGAAAGUUAUCAUCAUCUGAUGCCAUCACUCAGAUAACUACAGAAAGUCCAGAAAAGACUACAUUUUCAUCUGAAAUUUUUAUUAAUGCUGAUGAUCAUGGACAGGAUAUUCUAGACCCCAUGGCCCAAAAGCCAUCCAAGUUUGCCUCAUCAUCUUCAGCGCAGCAAAUCACAGCUUCUCAUGGCAAAGACGCCCAGCCUGUGCUGUUGCCAUAUAAGCCAUCUGGUAGUUCGAAGAUGUACUAUGUUCCACUGUUAAAAACAGUUCCUUCGUAUCUGGAUUCCAGAUCUGACACCACUGUUGAGAGCUCACAUUCAGGCUCCAAUGAUGCUAUUGCCCCAGACUUUCCUCCUCAAGUGCUAGGCACAAGAGACGACGACCUCUCCACCACUGUAAACAUUAAGCAUAAAGAAGGGAUCUAUAGCAGGAGGGCUGCGACCAAGGGGGAAAAGCCCUUUCUGAAGGGGAGUGCAGAGGCCCCAGUUCAAAUGCCUGUAACUUGGGGUGAGAAUGUCUCAGACGAAAACCAAGAAGAGAUCAUCAGUAGAAGAGUUGUGAUCAAGAUGGCAGGACCUGAAGAAAUGUCAUCCCUGGAGAAGGACCUUGCAGGUUCCAGUGAUAUCACUGUACAAGACAGAAAAACUGAAAAUCUGCCAGACGGUAAAUCCAUUAAACAGAAGGAAGGCUCCUUAGAGAUAGAAUCUGAAUGUCAUUCAGCAUUUGAAAACACUACUCACUCUGUCUUCAGAUCAGCCAAGUUUUACUUCCAUCAUCCAGUGCACCUGCCUCAUGAGCAAGAUUUCUGCCAUGAACCUUUGGGAAGGAGUGUUUUCAUGCAACAUUCAUGGAAGGAUUUCUUUCACCAUCACUCAGGACACAGCUGCCUUCCUCCCCCUGGCCCAAGUUUGGACAAGUUGGACAAGACCAAGAUGGAUUGCACCAGAAUUAAGAGCCUCAGCAUCAACUUGAAUUUGGGAGACAAUGAGAAAAUACAGAAUCAGGCUAGAGACCCAAAAAGCAAAAGACAAACAAAUGACCAAAAAACAGAUCAGAAGGUCACCCCAGGGCUAACAGCUGAGUGCCCAGCGAGUUUGAAUGACCUCUGGAACAGGUACCAGGAGCGACAGAAACAACAGAAACCAUCUGGUGCCAGUGAUAAGAAGGAGCUGUCCUUGGUGGAGCGACUUGACCGCUUGGCUAAACUGCUUCAGAAUCCCAUCACACAUUCACUCCAGGCCUCAGAAAGUACACAGGAUGAUAGCAGGGGGCGACAUGGAGCCAGGGGGUGGACUGGGAGGAGGCAACAGCCACAGAAAGGCAAGCAGCAGAGGAAGCGGAGCAAGAGCCUAGAGAGGGUUCAGAGUGCAGGUGACUUCAGGAAAAGCAAGGUGUUUUCUCCUCAUCAAGGUGGGAAAUCCAGUCAGUUUAAGAUUGAGCGGAUUAAACUAGAUAAGUACAUCGUGAGAAGAGAGCCAGAUUGUAAUAACGUCAGCACUACCUCCUUGGAUUCUAGACCCUCAGAGGACACUGAGCUCCUCACAGAGAGCCCCAACCUUUGUUCCAGCACUGAUUCUCCUGUGGAUUCAGAUGUAUUGACCCAAACUGAUAGGGACAUGCCCUUAAAUGACAGGAGCAGCUCCGUAUCCACCAUUGACACAGCCCGAUUGAUCCAGGCUUUUGGCCAUGACAGACUGUAUUUGUCACCCAGACGGAUUAAAUUAUACAGUAGUGUCACUAGUCAGCAACGGAGGAGAUACCUAGAGAGGCCAUGCAAGCACAACAGGAGGGCAUUGAGCACAGCCUGUCCCCAAAUGACUUCUGAGCACACCAGGAGGAGGCACAUCCAGGUGGCAAACCAUACAACUUCUUCUGACUCCAUGUCAUCUGCUGGUAGCUUGCUGAGCUUGGACCCCACUCUUUCCAAUGAGAAAAACGUGCACAUGGUGAACAAGGGUGUGCAAGCUGGUAACUUGGAGAUUGUGACUGGUGUCAAAAAAUACACUCAGGAUGUUGGGGUGACUUUCCCAACUCCCAGUUCUAGUGAGGCCAGAUUGGAAGAGGACAGUGAUGUGACUUCUUCGACAGAAGAAAAAGCCAAAGAGAAAAAGUUUCUUUCCAAUUAUGUGCGGUCCAAAAACUUAAGGAAGAACAAGUCAAAUCCCUCUGAAGGAAUCUCAUGGUUUGUUCCUGUGGAAAAUGGAAAGUCUGGAUCUAAGAAGGAAAACCUGCCCAAGAUUUACAGACCUGGUAUCUCCUGGUUUGAACCAGUGACCAAAACCAAACCCUGGAGGGAACCACUGAGGGAGCAAAACCGGCAGGCACAGAGCCUGGGAAGCCCGGGCAGGGCGAGUGGCCAGGUUUCUCUUCGGCCGUUUGUGAGAGCAACCCUGCAGGAAUCACUUCAUCUUCACAGACCUGAUUUCAUCUCCCGCUCUGGGGAGCGGAUAAAGCGUCUGAAGUUACUAGUCCAAGAGAGGAAGCUACAGAACCUGUUCCAGAAUGAGCGGGAGGCUCUGUUCAACACUAUGAGGCCUCUGCCUAGGAGAGUCCUCCUGGCUGUCCAGAAGAACAAGCCUAUCGGGAAGAAGGAAAUGAUUCAGAGGACCAGACGGAUUUAUGAGCAGCUUCCAGAAGUGAAGAAGAAGAGAGAAGAGGAGAAGAGAAAAUCAGAAUAUAAAUCCUACCGGCUGCGAGCUCAGCAUUAUAAAAUGAAAGUGACCAAUCAUCUCCUGGGGAGAAAAGUGCCUUGGGACUGACGUGACUACUUUCUUCAGAGCCUAGGAAUACUUUUUUUAUGAGCCCAAAGAGGCUAAUUUAUAUUUUAAUGGGUGUGAUUUAAUAAAGCACUAUUUAUGUGUAACUUAGUACCUGUGGGAUCUGGGGCAGAGGCAGAGUCGCUGGGAAUUUGGAAUUAGGUCUCCCUUUCUCCACUGAGGCCUUGCCCGCAGGCCAUGCCUUAUGAUGGAACUCUUGAGUUCUAGGAGAAGGAGCCCCUGCUUGUUAUGUGCUUUUAUACUUUUAGAAAAUAAAUCACUGCUGAUUGGCACUGCU